UUGUCUUUAGGCCGUCGGCGAGAUUUGUGUUGGUUGCGGCUCGUUUUGUUUGCUAUUCUAAACGCUUCGCAGGGAGGAAAAGCGGCGAACCGUCCAACGAGCACCAUGACUGUCCCACUCGCCGGACUAGGCUGGACUUCUUGCAACAUAGCCACCGCUGGCUGGACUCCAAUCGUAUCCACUAUAGAAGGAACAUCUGGCAACUUUGGAAAGGGAUUUGCACAGAAGUCUGCAUACUACUUAUGCUACGCUUUGGUUAAAAACAGUAUGAACCCCUCAGAAGAGGUAAUAUAUGAUGUGACAAUCCUGCCUGAGAAAUCACCUCUACCUUCUGGAUACAGUUACAUUAAAGAAUUUUUGGAUCCAAAAGUCUCCAUCUCCAAGAAGAAGAGGCUGUGUGUCAAGCUGAUUCCAUUGGGUGCAGCAGAAACUGCUGUGACUGACAUCGUGCUCAGCAGCAAGAGCAAAGUGGUCCCACACUACAUGCGCAUAGGGGAAAUGAGUGGAUUUGCACUUUGGUGUAAAAAGGAGCAUGUUCUCAAGCCAAAACCCCUCCCUAGGCCACGCAACUUCAGUCUAGAAAUGAAGCAGCUUUCCCUGGAGUCAAAAAAUGCAGACCUUCCCGCAGAAAACCCCACAGCUCCAUCUGUUCCCAAAGGACAAGCUGCUCUUAAGCGACAUGAGUCCAUAUAUGAAAGUUCAAACGUCUAUGGCAUCUCAGCCAUGGAUGGUGUUCCUUUCACCCUGCACCCUAGGUUUGAGAACAGCACCACUAGAGGCAGUAACGCCUAUUUGUUCUUUAAAAACUUCCAUAUCAAAUCUCUUGCUGACAUUGAUAAAGAGUAUGACUACGGGUUUGUAGCUGAAAAAACUGCAGUUGCCCGACUCCCACCCAGCAUCUCCUAGCAUCAAGAAUUUCUUGCAGAAAGAAGGUGCAUUUUGCCAUUGAGGCCCUUAUGCCAAUGGGCAGACAGCUAACUUUGCUGAUGUGAUGAAAAAUCUCUGGUGAAAGGAACAAAUUUUCUGGGGGUAGCUGAAAGACUUUAAAUUAUAAUCUUACCUGUUGGAAGUCAGAGUUCCCAGCGCUAUAUUUUGUUAUGAACUAAUUUUUUGUACAUACUUUCCCCAACAUACUGUCAUUUUCUAUGCAAAGCACUACUUUUUAAAAUAGACUUUUGUGGGCAGAGUUAUUCCUGUACUUAUUUGUGGCUUUUUCGAGUGUCAUGUGUUUGAAUAUGCAUUGCCAGCACACAGAAGAGAAACUUUCAUGGAGAUAGGAAACAAAUAUUAAUUAAAGAAGAAAUGAUAUGUUUGUUCCACCUCAUGUCUCCUCUUAAAAGAACUAAGGAUUAAUUCUCUCCUCAAGACACAGUAGAGGAAAAACGGGGAAUUCAUUAUGCUCAGAAAAUGCCAACCAUAUUUCAAAAUGCAUUGAUUGCCAUUUAAUUACCAAAUCCCAUGACCACCUGUCCAGGAGUGUUGGGGCAGUACAAAAGUCAACAGUUGCUGCCAUGUUUGGCAGACAUGUUAAAGUUAAUGUCACCUCUUGCACAGCCUUUGUUGUGAUUUCCAGAGUGACACAAUGGGAAGUUGCCUGCUGGUUGUUCCGUUGUGUCUUCAUCACUUCCACCAGAGGAGGGGAUCCACCUCAAGAAGGCACUUUGAGCUUUGUGCUGCCCAAAAGGAACUGCAGGACCCUGUCUAUGAGUAGAGCAGUGAAGAAGUUGGCCAGCAGAACUAGAGUGAUCACUAGUUUAAACUGAAACAAAAGAACAAGAGCAGGGUGAGUGCAUAUGUCCUUUGCUUACUUCAUUCAGUCCUAUUUUGUUGUAAAGUCCUGGAGCGGGGUGAGAAUUUUUCCACACUGCCUUGAUUUGACAGAAAUCCAUUUAGUGCAAAGUAGACAAUUAAUAGUGACAAUAUUACUACAUAUGUCAUUAGAUUACAACAUGGUAAAUAAUAGCAGUCAUGCAUUGUGGAUGGAGAAAUCUUCAAGAUCAGGUGAAAUGUGUUUCUUUCUAGUGCUGAACCUUUGAUUUCUGCUCCAAGUAAGGUGAAAGAUAAUGUUCACAUAUAUGCUAAGGCUUAUAGUGAUUCCUACCAACAGGUAAUGCAAACAUACAGUACCAAAUUUUUCAUUCUGGGAAGCAUCAGGAAAUAAGUUAUAGUAGACAAGUUUUACAGUACCUGUGUAACCUAAGCUCUGUGAUGUGACAGAUUUUUAACUCCAUCAAAUACAGAAAAUGGACAUUGUUUUAUUCUGAGACAGAAAUUAAAAUGUUCUACCCAACAA